AUGAGGUCUAAGAAUGGGAUACUUCUCAAUCAAAUGAAGUACACACUUGAGCUGAUCUCAGAUGUUGGUCUUAGUGGUGCUAAAUCUGCUAGCACACCACUAGAAGAAAAUGUCAAACUCACUUUCCUGGAUUAUGAUGCAACUGUUGCUAAGGAUAGUGACAAUAAAACUGACAAGACAAAUGAUCCAGUACUAGAAGAUAUUGAAUGCUAUCAAAAACUAGUAGCUCUAAGAGUUGUGAGAUAUGCAAAAAGAGCACCGGGAUUAGGAAUACUAUUGAAAAGAAAUCCAAUCAAAGACCUGACAGUCUUUUGUGAUUCAGAUUGGGCCUCUUGUCCGAAUACAAGAAGAUCAGUGACUAGUUUUGUGAUACAGCUUGGAGGGUCUUUGAUUUCAUGGAAAUCUAAGAAGCAACAUACAGUGAGUUGA